GUUUAUAAUAAGGACCCAAAAAAAGUUGUCGAGUGAACGGACUGAAAGAGAGAAAAAAAAAACCUGGACCCUUCCCACUCUCACAAAAUCACGGGGAGUGACUGUGACAGGAGGAAGGGGACACAGAGAGUGAAAGAGAGAGAGAGAGAGAGAGAGAGAGGGAGAGAGCUGAAGAAGCCCUCGCAGGAUUUCACCACAUUUCUUUCAGGACCUCACAGACCAGAACAACAACCCGAUCACUAAGUCUGGACUGAUAAUCAAUAGUUUUUUAUUAGACGCGAAGUGAGGACUGUUGUUGGAGACUCUUGGAGGAGCAUGCGGCUCGGUUUACUAUUCAGGCUCUAUGUGCUGUGGGGAUUUGUGGUGGUCACGACCUCCGUGACCAAGGCAGCCAAGAGGAAGGUGGCAGGCAGACGGUCCAGACAGGUGUUUGAGGCGGAGCCUGUGGAGGGGGUGUGGUCGGAGUGGGAGGAGUGGUCUGACUGCUCUCAGACCUGCAACGUAGGCGUGUCACAGAGGAGCAGGAAGUGUUUACCUCCCCCACCUCCCAUCUCCCGCUCUCCACCUAACUGGGCAGGUUAUUUGCCCGGGGGCAUCGGACAUCCUGUCAUGGCACCUGGGCGCCCCUUCUACCCUCCUCGUUACCCCGGCCAACACCAGCCUUAUCAGUCCUCCUCGUCAAUCUCCACCGAUCACAACCAAGGAGUGUCUCUGUAUCGGAAUACCAACCCCGGGGGAGGAGGAGCUCCGGUACCGGGACAGGCCAAUCCAAACCCUUCUUUUUACCAGCCAGAAUUCUCCCCAACCAAUCAAGACCAUGGGUCUGUGUACCGCUCGCCCUACCACACUCCUUCUCAGGGCUACAACCAGCCAGCGCGAAACAUCAGGAGGCCAACCAAUCCAGGAGCAUCGAGGGCUGCAGGAGGCGGGAGCAGAAGGUCAAUCACACCAAAUCGGGAGGGUUUGCCUGUGAGGAGGUCUUCGGCCAUCCGUCCAGGUCAGUUUGGGUACGGCAGGGUCCCGUUCUCUCUGCCUCUGCACCGUCCCAACCGGCAGGCUCGCCACACCGCUAACGGCACUGAUGCUGCAACAACACCUGCACCUGCAUCUGGUGGACGCGAUGCAGAGAACAACAGGAGAGAGGACGGGGAGACGGGGAGUGAUGGAGAGGACAGGAAGCCAGGGAGGCAUGAUGAGGAGGAGGUGCCUGCUGCUGAGGAGGUUCCCACGACGACCACCACAACUGGCCACUCACACCGCCAUGUUAACCGCCCCCCACAAAUCAACACAGAGCACGGGAGGCCAAGAGAGCGCACCCCACCCUUUCAACUCUUCUCACGCUCCAUAUCGCCACCUCUCCUACCCAACCGCCACAGGUUUGACUGGCACUCCGUCAAUGCGCCGCCUCCUCCCGUCCCUCCUCUCUCCCGUCCCAACUCCCCUGCCGUCGCCUCACCUUUUUCCCCUCCUCUCCACCACUCCAGCCCCCUGCACAGAGACAGGGAGCCCCAGCCAGGCUUUAGCCCCCACGUCCCACCCACCGGCGACAUCUACCCGCUGCAGCACCCCAACAUCCCGCAUCCGGGAGUGGAAUCCAGCAGAGAUGGAGGAAGUGCUGCUCCUCAGGUCUUCAAAUGCUCUGGGCCUGAGAAGGAGUACCGCAGGUGCUUCUCGCAGGUGUGUGGAGGAGGUGCGUCGGAGUCCAGAGCAGAGCAGUGUGCUGCCUUUAACACCCAGGAGUUCAUGGGUCGCCUCUACAACUGGGAACCUUUCACUGAGGUUGGUGCGGACAAACAGUGCGAGCUGACCUGCAGACCUUCGGGCUAUCGUUUCUAUGUCCGCCAGGCCGAGCGCGCCAGAGACGGCACCCCCUGCUUUAACGUCAGCUCCAACGAUGUGUGUGUAGAGGGGCGAUGUCUGACCGAGGGUUGUGAUGGGGUACUGGGCUCCGGCUCUGUGAUUGACAAGUGUGGAGUGUGUGGUGGGCGGGAGAACUCCUGUCGAAAGGUGACGGGAAGUUUCCAAAAUGUCACGGUUCCCCUUGGUUACCACAAGAUCCUGGACAUCCCACCCGGAGCGACAUUCAUUAACAUCACAGAGAGGCGAGCCAGCCCUAAUUACCUGGCCAUGAGGAGUGGCACGGGGGCUUCAGUAGUGAAUGGGCGGUGGGCUGUGGAUCCUCCUGGGGAGUACCAGGCAGGAGGGACUACCUUCACCUACACCCGACCUAGAGCACAGGCGGAGGGGGAGGAAGAGAAAGGCGAGUCCCUCAGUGCUCCAGGACCAACCACCACACAGCUACAGCUAUAUAUCAUUUUCCACAAGGAGAACCCAGGCAUCAACUAUGAGUUUUAUGUCCCCGUGGAGAAAAAGGAGGUAGAAAAGGAGAGGGAGGCACCCAGGGAGAGGCCGAGGGAGAGGCCGAGGGAGAGGCCGAGGGAGCGAGAGCCAGGGAGGGCACCCCUCCGCAGUCCUCUCACUGUGUCAGUAGAAGAACCUCCUGCUGCUCCUCCUAUUUCGGUCCCCUCUUUCCCCUCCUCCUCCUCCACCUCUGUGUUUUCUCCCCCCUCCUCGGACCGAUGGACACCUGAGAGAUCACGUCCUCGAGGCUCCGCGCCCAAUAGGAAUGCUCGAAUCCCCCCUCGCACUGACCUGCCACCGGACACUCAGCCACCAUUUGUGUGGAGGAGAGGAGGACUCACAGAGUGCUCGGCUUCCUGUGGCAAAGGUUCUCAGAACAGAGUAAUUUUGUGUAUAAACCGCCAUACAGACGAGGAAGUCCCGGAGAGGAAGUGUGACUCUGCUGCCAGGCCAGUUCCUGAGGAGGAGCCUUGUAACACACAUCCCUGCCCACCAUUCUGGGAGGCCAGUUCAUGGUCAGAGUGCAGUGUGUCCUGUGGCCCCGGGGUGCAGCAGAGGCAGCUCCAGUGCAGGCAGAGUUUUGGGAACCGCUCCACCAUGGUCCACCCGCAGCGCUGUGCCAACCUCACCCCACCAGAGUCCAAACAGGCGUGUCAACUAGGCCUCUGCUCCCACUGGGAUGUCAGCUCCGACUGGAGCACGUGCUCAGUGGAUUGUGGAGUUGGGAGGAGGACGAGGAGUGUGCACUGCCUCAGCGAUCAGGGCAGCGUGGUGAACGAAAAGGAGUGCAGCUCCAGGACUCGACCACAAGGAAGUGAGGAGUGCCACAUGGGCCCCUGUGUGACCAACUGGUACUUCACUGACUGGUCAAACACUUGUUCGGCGCAGUGUGGCCCUGGGGUUCAGAAGAGGGACGUGGUGUGUGGAGGAGGAGGGGACUGUUUUGGGGAAAAACCUGCAGAGAUGAAGGCCUGCAACGGGGGUCCCUGUGUGCCAACAACCAUGUGGUACAGCAGCCCCUGGACACAGUGUAAUGUCCCCUGUGGGAAUGGAACUCAGCGACGAGACAUCAUUUGUGUCCGGAGAAUGGGGAGUGAUUUUACUGUGGCACCAGCCCAUGAGUGCGCUCAUCUGGACAAACCUGCUGCGGUCCAGCAGUGUGAGAUGGGAGAGUGUGAGCCACAGUGGUUCACAACAGAGUGGAGCGUGUGCUCACGGUCUUGUGGAAAAGGCUUACAGAUGAGGGAGGUACGGUGUCUAGCACCAGACAAAAAACGAAGCCGUGAAUGUGAUUUGAGGACCAAACCUGAGCAGGAGCAAAUCUGCAACACGAUACCCUGCAGUCCACAAGUUGCAGAUGAAAACUGCCGGGACAGACUUCACAACUGUGUAGUGGUGGUUCAGGCCAGGAUGUGCAUCUACUCCUACUACAAGACCGCCUGCUGUGCCUCGUGUACCCAGAAUGCUCAGCGUGCCAAGAGGCACUGACCAGCCAAUCACACAGACAGACACAGGUGUGCAAGAAGUCAAGGAUUAGGUCAAAAGAUCUCAUCACCCCUGAUAUAAAAACGUCUGUAGACAUGGAAAGCCCAGAGUAGACAUAAAUCUUGUGGUGAGAUCACAUUUAAUUAAUUCCUCCUGAUUCUUCAGGUAAAACACUGUGAAAGCAGCCGGUUCCUUCUUCCACUUCUCUGCAUUCGUUUAAUUUGUCUUUUAGAACAACAUAUUCCACUUAGAGCGCAACUGUUUACUCUGUACGCUAGCUUUAACAGGUUCAUAAUGUGUCACACAGGGCUGAGUGAUGCACUGUUGUGAUUUCAGCUCUUGCAGGCUGAUUUCUUAGGCUGAUAGAUUAUAAUGGAACAUGACACCGCUGUGUUUCAACAGCAAAUUUUUGCCUUUUUUUAAUGGUUCACUUUAAUCUACAGCAAUUUAAAACAAUGCCUACCACUAAUUAUGAAAAGAAACGUGCUAAGCAAAUAAUUACCAUUUGUGCUAGAUACACUGUGUGUGCUGUAGUGAAUGCAAGAUCUACUGUAAUAGAUCUACUGUGUUUCUGUUCACUGCAGAUCCCCAACUAAGCUAGAAGGAUUUCAUUAACAUAUCGUAUGUCUUCUUUCUGUUUGCCAAAAAUAUUUUCUCAAGCGUCCUCUUAUUUGGACAGAUGAACCAAAGGAGUAGGGUGAGCAUUGCAGUUAGUGACCAAAUAUAUCAGAGAGGGAAGAAGUGAGAUUCUUCCCAAACAAAUAGGAUAAUUAGACAUGGAUGGAAACUUAGCAGCACAGACUCUGCAGUCAUUCGACGUAUUCAAGUCAGUUACAGAUACAUCUUUUUAAUGAGUGCUGUUGGAGCUGUGUUUAAAUCCACGGGUUUGACAUAGCUGCAGUUACGUUUUUACUAAACUCAACACGAUGCUGCUCACUAAAUAAACAAAACAAUAAAGUGUUGUUCUAUACUUUUCUUCUUGUCAACAAAUCACAUGAAAAGACCAAACCAACAAUGCGUUAGUCUGAUGUAAAUCUUAAAAAACAGCUCACAAAUAUAUAGUUUUCUUUUUUUUAAUGGUCAGUAAUGUUCUUAUGUAGCUGGGAUUUUAGAAAAUGUCACUCAAACAAGAGAAAGGUUUAUUUGUCGGAGACUGUUUUCAGCUACAGAUUAACACACAUUAGUAAGUAAUUAUGCCACCAGGGUGUUGCAUAUGGGAUUUAAUCAAAAAAAGCUACAUUGCCCAUGUUAGUCCUAAUGAGGAAACAUGUCAUCCAGUGCAUAUUUAUGGCUUGUUUAUAUGUUAAAUCGUUUUUGGGAUUUAUUGACAAUAAGAAAAACAUAGAAUAAUGCCUUGAACCACAAACUUGGCGAUGCACAAUACUGAAAUGCAUCCGUCGUCCCCUUCAUGGGAGGAGACGAUGAAUCUGUCCUUUGAGAGUAGGUGAAGCCAUAAUUAGAAAAACCUUGUGUUGACUGAGAAAGCUGCUUUUCUUACAAUAGUCUUUUAAUAAUAGUUUACAGAUCAAAUGCAAUCAUUCUGCUUUGACCUGGAAGUAAAUAUUUUGCAUUCUGAGGUGGCAACCUCUGUAUAUUUGUGUGUAAGUACUCUUUAUGCCUUUUCUCUCUUUCUCUUAUAUUGACUGUUUUUACUUGGCUCUUUUUCUCUUUCUUCACCUCCCAAGAAGAAGCACACACACAUUACACUCUGCCCAUAUAAAGGUGAGGAGUCUGUAUAUUUGUCAGAUAUGUUUUAAUGUCUAUAUUUUCUUUGAACAUAGUAAGCGCUUAUGUUUUAUAGAGAAGUGUUGUUGUAGACUGCAUUUAUUCACAUCUAACUGUCAUAUAACUAUUUUGCAUUGGACAAGAGAAUCAGCGACUUUAUCGUACUUGUGAGUUUUGGAUGUGUGUGUGUGUGUGUGUGUGUGUGUGUGUGUGUGUGUCCAUGUGUUCAUGUAUGUGUGUGUAUGGUUGUGUGUUUUGCGAUCGUUGCUUUGAAUGUGUCAUUCUUGUCUCUAAUCCCUUGUAGUAAAAAAUACUUUUUAUAUAAAAACUAAAAAAGGAUAGUAAUUUAUCUAUUAUCUAAAGAACAUGUAAUUUAUUUUCUUGUUUUAAGAAGCUGUAGCAAAUUGUUUUGUUACCACCAGAGUAUAUAAGAUUGUUAUUGUUGAUACACAAACCUUUUUUUGCUAUCAUGCAAAAACAAAAAAGAAUGUGGAAAAAUUAUUAUCUCAAAGCUUCAUUUUAAAUAAAACAACACAGAAAUUAA